UAAAACCAAACCUGUUUCGUCUAAACAAGCCUCUACCAGGUGCUCUGCUUAAUAAUACUGUUACUGAACCUUUCAAUUCCACAAUCAACCACUCAGAGGUCCCCCAACAAAACCAUUAAAUAAGCCCAAUGACUAUGAGCUGCCAUUUCCACCCAGACCCAGCACAGCUUCUUCACUCUCCACAGACACUCUCAUUAUAUUAAAACCCUCCCUCAUACUCUGCUCCCAACUGUAACCAUUCCCAAAAAUCCCAAUGGCCAUCCUUCCCUUCCUCUUCCUCUUCCUCUUCCUCCUCCUACUUCACACCCCUCCAUCGGCCUUCGCUUCCAAUUACUUAAUCGGCCUCGGAAGCUACGACAUUACCGGCCCUGCCGCCGACGUCAACAUGAUGGGUUACGCCAACGCCCAACAGACUGCCUCCGGGGUCCACUUCCGCCUCCGCGCCCGUGCUUUCAUCGUCGCCGAACCCAAGGGCAACCGUCUCGUCUAUGUAAAUCUCGACGCUUGUAUGGCUUCCCAGAUCGUUACCAUCAAACUCAUUGAGCGCCUCAAAGCCAGGUACGGUGAUCUUUACACAGAGCAGAACGUGGCCAUCAGCGGGAUCCACACCCACGCUGGACCAGGAGGCUAUCUCCAAUACGUUGUCUACAUCGUUACCUCAUUUGGGUUUGUUCGUGAAUCCUUCGACGCCCUCGUUGACGGGAUUGAACAGAGCAUCGUUCUAGCUCACCAGAAUCUCCGGCCGGGGUCAAUCUCAGUUAAUACAGGGGAGCUGUUGGAUGCUGGAGUGAAUCGCAGCCCGAGUGGUUACCUCAACAACCCUGCAUCUGAGAGGGCCAAGUACAAGUACAAUGUCGACAAAGAGAUGACAUUGAUCAAGUUUGUAGACGAUGAGUUCGGCCCAAUUGGUAGCUUCAACUGGUUUGCCACUCAUGGAACUUCGAUGAGCAGGACCAAUUCGCUCAUUAGCGGCGACAAUAAGGGCGCCGCUGCUCGAUUCAUGGAGGACUGGUUCGACAAGCGCGGAUUGGCUUCAAAUGUUCAAUUCGCCAGUAGUAACUCUGCGACUAUCGAUCGGAUUCCUCGACGAAUGUCGAGUUUAGUCGAUGAGGUAAGUGACGAGAGCGCCGUGUUGCUGGAAGCCGCGUCGUCGUUCAAGUCAACCCAGGGUCGAAAUUUGACGGGGAAUUUGAGCGUCUCGAAAAGGGUCAGGAAGGGCCAGACCGGUGGUGGCAGGCCGCAGUUCGUUGCGGCAUUUUGUCAAACGAAUUGUGGGGAUGUGAGUCCCAACGUGCUCGGUGCGUUCUGCACGGAUACUGGACUGCCUUGUGAUUUCAAUCACAGUACCUGUAACGGCAAGAAUGAGCUCUGCUACGGCAGAGGUCCAGGGUACCCAGAUGAGUUCGAGAGCACAAGGAUCAUUGGGGAGAGACAGUUUAAGAAGGCCACCGAGUUGUUUGGCAAGGCGAGGGAGCAGCUGAAGGGCAAGGUCGAUUACAGACACGAGUUUGUAGAUUUCUCCAACCUGGAGGUGGCGCUAGGGAACGAAGUGGUGAAGACUUGCCCUGCUGCCAUGGGAUUUGCCUUCGCUGCAGGAACCACCGAUGGGCCUGGUGCUUUUGAUUUCCGGCAAGGCGAUGAUCAGGGGAAUGCGUUCUGGCGCCUAGUGAGGAACUUUCUCAAGGCACCUGGACAAGAGCAGGUCAACUGUCAGAAACCGAAGCCAGUCUUGCUUGAUACUGGUGAAAUGAAGCAACCCUAUGACUGGGCACCAGCCAUUCUUCCUGUUCAAAUGAUGCGGGUUGGCCAGCUUGUGAUUCUCAAUGUGCCUGGAGAGUUCACAACAAUGGCGGGAAGAAGGCUAAGAGAUGCAGUGAGGGCAGCUCUUACUUCAGGAGGUAACAAAGAGUUCAACAGCAACGUCCACAUUGUCAUCUCCGGACUCACCAACACAUAUUCCCAGUAUGUGACCACCUUCGAGGAGUACGAGGUCCAGAGAUACGAGGGUGCCUCCACUCUGUACGGUCCACACACUUUGAGCGCCUACAUCCAGGAAUUCAAGAAGCUGGCCACGGCCCUAGUGCGAGGCCAGACGGUGGAAGCACGGCCGCAGCCACCGGACCUUCUCGACAAGCAAAUCGAACUCCUGCCUCCCGUCGUUCUGGAUUCAGCCCCGUUAGGAAGGAACUUUGGAGACAUGAAAACCGAUGUGCCUGCGAAUUCCACCUUCAGAAGGGGGGAAAUGGUUUCGGUCGCUUUCUAUUCGGCAUGUCCUAGGAACGAUCUAAUGACGGAAGGCACGUUUGUGCUGGUGGAGUUGCUGGAGAAGAAAAUGUGGGUUUCGGCCUACGACGACGAUGAUUUCUGCCUGCGGUUCAAGUGGUCGAGGCCGGGGAGGCUCAGCCCGGAAAGCUAUGCGACUGUGGAGUGGAGGAUUCCGGAGGGUGCGGACGCGGGAGUGUAUAGGAUUAGUCAUUUUGGUGCGGCCAAAGGGCUUUUGGGUUCGAUCCGUCACUUCAGUGGGAGUUCGAGUGCCUUUGUGGUGUUGUAGGUAGGGAGAAGGAAAAAGGCAAUGUCGUGGAAAGCAAGCAAAAUGGUGGGGAAGAGCAUUUGAUACGGAAUUGGGUGCUUUUAUUCAUUUGGGUCACCGUAUGAAGCAAGUCUGGACAUGUGCAUGUUGUCCGAAAUGAGAAUUCCUAGAGGAGGAAAUUGGGGAAUCAUUUAUGAUCGGUUGUACAAGUAUAACAAGUGUUUGCAUAGGGCUCAUGAUGGUUCCUUAAUUUUCUCUCCAAAUAAAUACACAAUACAAAAUGUCAUAUUAACCUAUGUUUCCAUAUAUUAAACGAUAUUAUACUUCAUGUAGUUUUAUAACGCUAGAUCAUUUUGAUAAUUGAUUCGGG